AUGGUAACCAAAAUAAAUGAUUUUCUUUCAUUAUUCAAAAUAUUUCUAUUUACUUUAUUAAUAUGGAUUACGUAUUUCUCCAAUCAACCCUCUAUUUUGAGAAUCUCACGGGACAAGAAUAGCCAGUUCGUCACUCUAUUCACACUUAGAGCUACAAGGGUAUUAGGUGAAUUGAGUCAAUCAGAAAUAUUUAAUACACACAAAACUGGCAUUAUUCAGAAUGAAUCUGAUAUAGAGAAGGAAAACGAAAAACACAGAUUGUUCAAGGCAUUAGUCGAAGCCUCAAAAUCAUCACAAGACAAAGACGAUCCAUACAACAUAAAAACAAAAUUAAAAGCCUUCAAAUAUGGUGUUAGUGUCAAAAACCUCAUUAAAAAAUUAGAAGGCUUUGUCCAUGUCGAUUAUGUAGUUAAUGAAUUACAAAAAGAUCAUAGUAUUAAACAAUUACUUGUAGAAUUACAGGAUUUUAAUGGAUUUUACGAUUUAAUUAUUGUAUUAAAAUAUUCAGAUGAUCCCGAAUUAAAUAAACUGCUAUUUACUUCUAACAAUUUGGAAAAAUUGCUUUUUGUAUUAAAUUAUUUCAAUAAUGCUUGCAAAUUUGUAAAUGGUGAAUAUGUUUUAGACGAUGGGAGAAGCAUAGGGCGUUCCAUGCACAAAAAAAAACCAAUUCCAGUGUUAUCCUUUUUAUUUAAAAUAAUAAACAAUUUUUAUGAUAAAAUCAUGUUAAGUGGCGCCCUAAAAUUAUAUAAAACAUACAAACUGGGAAGUUGGGUUAACAAAGUGGCUUCAACUAUUGUUUUUCUCUCUAAAAUGCUAAUUCCUGUAACAAUGGGGGUUACAUUAGUAGUAAUGUUGUCUUAUUUAAAAGGAAUCGUAUAUUAUAUAACAUCCGUCACUAUCAUAGUAUUAUCACUUGCAUACGUCCUGGAUAAAGCAGUAAAAUCCUAUAAUUACGUCUCCGAAAAAUACCAGUUUAUACCUUUGGAGCUCCAGAUCGAAUUAAAUAUGGAUUCAGUCGAUUAA